AUGGGCGUCGAGCACGGCCUCCAGCCCGGCGGUGGCGGGGUUCCACAGCGCCACGUGCUUGUCGUUGCUGCCGGUCACAAUGCAGGCCUCGCCGUCGAGCAGCGCGGCGGCGGGGUGCCACAGAGCGAAAUUCACGAACGCCGUGUGGCCAACGAACGCGACACCCGCCGAGAUGUUAUCGGUCGGCGGCGGCGACUCGUGCAGCAUUGCCGUCUGGUCGCGCGACGCGGUAAGGAGGACGCCGUCGGCAGACGACACGUGACGCACGUCGCUGGAGUGAAUGAACCCAUCCGCGCGGAGUACGAAGUAGUCGUCGUUGCUGUUGGCCAUGCCGCUAUAGAGUAA